AUGGGCGAUUUCGGGGGCCAAGUCGGGAGUACGGCCACUGAGAAUCACCACGGCAGUAGAUUGAGGAUUCAAUUUUGGGGGGAAACGGGAUUUGUGAGGAUGAGAGCUUGGCAUUUUAUAAUGGCGGGAUUGAUGCGACGGCAGAUUGGCUCGUUGGCCAACGAGCCCGGACCUGAACCUGAAGCUUCUCUAGUAAGGAGUCGGGAGAAGUGGAGAACACAGGAAUCGCCUCCGACUUUCGGUGACUACAGCCGCAGCUCCUCUCCAUCGCUCUCCUCUCCGUCGCUCUCGUCUCCGACUCUCCCGCUCCUCUCCGUCGAUUGCCUCUCGUCUCCGACUCUCCGGCUCCGACUCUCCUUGAAGCUCCCUUUCCCGGAGAAUGAAGUGCAGGUUGUGACCUACAUAAGAUUAAUCGAACAUGUGAAACUCUGUCGACUCUUGAUCGCAAGUUUCUAUGAAGUAGAACUUGAGUUGGCCGAUUUUAAAGAGUGUCUCAACGUCCUUUACCCUUCUGCUAACACUCUGGUUCAUUCUCUUUCGAAACACUGUCAAGACUCAAGAAGCAAAGGUUCAAGCCAGAAAAGCAGUAGGAGAUCUGCCAAAGAAUUAGAUGUGCGGGAUCAUUUACUGGAAGAUGAAAUUAAAAGGCUAAAGCAGGAGUACGAUGCGCUGGUUUUGGGUAAGAAUGCCAAGAUAUCUGCAUUGCUAACAGAGAAGAAGUUCGUGUGGAAUCAGUAUAAAAUAUUGGAAACAAAACUGAAUGAUAAGCUAAAGAGCAAGGAGGCCGAGAUUCAAUUGGCAAAUGAGAAAGUAUCAAGACUUCUGGUAAGUAUGGAGAAGCUCCAAUCAUCCAAUGAUGCUAAGGAUGAGGUUAUUGCUAAAUUAGAGAGUAAAAUUGCUGAUAAGGAAGCACUUGCAAGGAAGAGGCGUGAUGAACUUGUGAGGCUUGCCCAUGAAUUAGAAUUGCUGAAAAGAGCAAGAUGCACCUCGGAGACACCCGUGUUGAGUCGGUGCACUACAUCCGGCAGUAUAACCUCCUCAUUGGGGAACAAGAAAGGUACCCAUGUUCCUGUGAACAAACCACCAACAGCUGCACAAGUUUCAAAUUCUAUGAAGAACUCUGAAAGGGUACUUUUUAGUUUUUUGGAUGGAUUGAUGAGACAUUAUUUUUUAUUGUUGUGGAUCAAUUUAAAUCUAUGUCGAUAUUAUAUUUACCGUGAUUAUUGAUUAUGGGUGAAAUAUUUUCGGUUUUA